CUUUAGAGUUUAGACGAUACGCUUCGCCUCUUUACAUAAACCGACAAAACAACUUCCCAAAUUUCACUUCUUUCUCACUCACUCACCCUUUUGUUUUCCUCAAGUUACUACAAUCAAUCUCUCACCAUUUUAAGUACUACAACAUUUUCCCCCUUCACAACCCCCGCAAUCAAUCUCUCGUCACAAACAACAUCACUCAACCAUCCACGCAACCUAAAUAUGGUCACAACAGAACUCUCACACUCUCACUACUCUUCCAUCAUGACCAAACCCACUCUCAAAAACAAAUCCUCCUCCUCUCCAUGCUUCUCCGACGGCUUCCUCUUCCUCGGAGGAGCACUCUCAGCUCUUCUCCUCGUCUGGGGUUUCUCCACCUUCACAAUCCCCAUCCCAUACGAAAACCCAACUCUAAAAUCCCAACAAAACAACGCCGUUUCAUAUCCCACUCCCGACUUACUCUUCGACCCACCAAACCAAACAUUCUACGACGAUCCCGAAAUGGGUUACAACAUGGACGACAAUGUCCAAAACUGGGACGAGAAAAGACAAGAAUGGCUAAAACUUCACCCUUCUUUCUCAGAUAAAGAAAGAGUUCUAAUGCUCACCGGAUCACAACCCUCCCCGUGCAAAAACCCAAUCGGCGACCACUUGUUAUUACGAUUCUUCAAAAACAAAGUGGACUACUGUCGUAUCCACGGCUACGACAUUUUCUACAACAACGCUCUUUUACAUCCCAAAAUGUUUGCUUACUGGGCUAAAUACCCUGUCGUUAAAGCCGCAAUGAUGGCCCAUCCAGAAGCCGAGUGGAUCUGGUGGGUCGACUCAGACGCGUUAUUCACCGACAUGGAGUUCAAGCUUCCUCUACAACGUUACAAAGACCACAACCUCGUUGUCCACGGUUGGCCACAUUUGAUCCACGAGAAACGGAGCUGGACGGGCCUAAACGCCGGCGUGUUUUUGAUCAGAAACUGUCAGUGGUCUUUGGAUUUAAUGGAUGCAUGGGCCGGAAUGGGCCCACAAAGCCCGGAAUACGAAAAAUGGGGUAAAACCCUCCGGUCAAUUUUCAAAGACAAAUUCUUCCCGGAGUCAGACGAUCAGACGGGUCUCGCUUACUUAAUCGCGAUCGAGAAAGAAAAAUGGGCGGACAGGAUUUACUUAGAAGGUGAAUAUUACUUCGAAGGCUACUGGGAGGAAAUUAUCGGAACAUUCGAGAAUAUUACUAGAAGAUAUAACGAGAUUGAGAGAGGGGUGCGUAGGUUAAGGAGGCGUCACGCGGAGAAGGUGAGUGAAGGUUACGGUGCGGUGAGGGAAGAGUUUUUGAAAGAGGCGGGUUAUGGGAAAGGUAGUUGGAGGAAACCGUUUGUGACGCAUUUUACGGGGUGUCAGCCGUGUAGUGGGAAGUAUAAUGAAAUGUACACGGCGGAGGCUUGUUGGAACGGGAUGCGUAGUGCGCUUAAUUUUGCUGAUAAUCAGGUUAUGAGGAAAUAUGGUUUUGUGCAUCCGGAUCUUGAGGAUAAUAGGGUUUCUUCUUUACCUUUUGAUUAUCCAAAACCUAAACCUAUAAUUAAAAAUUAAUAGGAUCAAUGUCUGUCUAAUGUCUGUCUAUUCAGAUUCUGUAUGAUGAUGAUGAUGAUGAUAGUGUGAAAUAUUUUAUUUUAGUAUGGUUUAUAUUACUAUAUGAUAUUUUAAGGGAUCUGUUUUGGCGUAUUAGAGGUGGGGUUAUGGUAUAAAAUUAUUAGAUUAUAGAAUGGGGAUAAUUUUAUUCUUCUCGAGUUGCUAGAUAGAAGUAUAAUGUUGUUUGUUGGUUGGUUUGUUUCUUUUUGUUGGUAAUCCUCCUGUCCUAUAUGUUGUCUUUUGUUUUAAAGAAAUUGUUGUUAAUCUUUUUA